GCGCGAAGUCGGCCAGUCGGGUAGGCGCGGCGGACGCUGCGUUUGCUUAGGUUAUCAAGUAAAUUUAUGUGAUCUAUUAGUUACUUGUGUUAUUCACGGUUUUAAUUUUGGAUAGUGUUGUGAUUUUUUUUAAUUCUGAGUGUACUGAAAACCUUGAUAAAAGGAAAUCGAUAUUCACUUAAGAUUAAAUAGAGCAUGUACAAUAUCCAACGAAAAAGAAGCAUUUAAAAUUAUACGAAAAACAAGAUGGCGCCACAAGAGCGAACUCCUUGUUGCGAGCAGGAGAGUGAUUCCCGCCAAAGCGCGGGCAUAGACAACAACCUGUCAAACAUCGAUUUGAGCGGGAGUUUUAUUAACAAAGCGUUCACAAACGACAGCACAGAUAAUACAAGUAAUGUAACAAAUAAAAUAAGUGAUAUAACAAAUAACAAUGAUAGUACAAAGAAGCCAACUGACUUUGAUGAUUUAUUACCAUACGUGGGAGAGUUCGGGUUGUAUCAGAAAAUGUUGUUCCUGUUAAUGAUACCGUUUGCGUUUUUUGUCGCAUUUGUUUAUUUUUCACAAAUAUUUAUGACCAUCGUUCCUGAGCAACAUUGGUGCUGGGUUCCUGAGCUGGCUAACUUGACAGUUGAAGAAAGGCGAGCAUUAGCAAUACCACCAAAGUCCGAGGGUCCGUACUCUCAUGACAGAUGUCGUAUGUAUUCCGCGGACUGGGCGGCGGCGCUCGCACAGGGCCGGACCACGCCCGACGACGAGUGGCCCACUGUGCCCUGCGCUCACGGCUGGGAAUACAACAAGAGCGAUGUGCCCUAUGACACUAUCGCAUCUGAGUUGGACUGGGUGUGUGAGAGGGACAACCUGCCUGCAACCGCACAGGCUAUCUUCUUCUGCGGGGCCAUUGUCGGCGGCUUGGUGUUCGGCUGGAUAGCUGACAAGUACGGCCGGAUACCGGCGUUAGUUGGUACAAACUUGAUAGGGUUCAUGGCCGGCGUGGGCACCGCGUUCUGCUCCACAUUCUGGUCCUUCGCGCUGUGCCGCUUCCUCGUCGGCCUCGCCUUCGACAACUGCUUCACUAUGAUGUACAUCCUCGUUUUGGAAUACGUGGGUCCGAAAUGGAGGACGUUUGUGGCGAACAUGUCGAUCGCUCUCUUCUUCACUUUGGCGGCCUCGCUGCUGCCCUGGAUCGCGCUGCUGGCCGACGACUGGCGGCUCUUCGCGGCCCUCACCAGCGCGCCCUUCAUCCUCGCCCUCGCCACCCCCUGGGUGGUCCCUGAGAGUGCCAGAUGGCUAGUAUCCCAAGGUAAAAUAGACAAGGCUCUUACCAUAAUGAAGAAGUUCGAACGCAUCAACAAGACAAAGAUACCAGACAAAGUAUUAAACGAAUUCACUGAAUCAUCUUUAAAAACUAUAAAAGAAAGCGAAGCUGAAUCCAGAAGUUACUCCGUAUUAGAUCUCUUUAAGACGCCUCGUCUUAGAAAGAAUGCGAUUCUUCUCAUCAUCAUCUGGAUGGCCAUCUCCCUGGUGUUUGAUGGUCAUGUGAGGAAUGUGGGCUCUCUAGGCUUGGACAUAUUCCUUACCUUCACCAUCGCCUCUGCGACUGAGUUACCUGCUGAUACCUUUUUGACAGCAGUACUUGAUAGAUGGGGCAGAAGAUGGCUAGCCUGUGGCUCUAUGGUCAUCAGUGGUAUUUUCAGUUUGCUAGCCACAGCUGUGCCGGUCGGCGGUCCGUCAGCAUCGCUGGCUAUAAUGGGCCGGUUCGCGGUGAACAUCUCCUACAACAUAGGGCUGCAGUACGCGGCGGAGCUGCUGCCCACGGUGGUGCGCGCGCAGGGCGUCGCCCUCAUACAUAUUAUGGGCUACGUCGCUUCUAUUGUCGCGCCAUUCGUCGUUUAUCUGGCUAACAUCUCCCAAGACCUGCCGCUGCUGAUCCUGGGCGUGCUGGGCGUGCUGGGCGGCCUGCUCUGCCUCUUCCUGCCAGAGACCAUGGACACAGAGAUGCCGCAGACCCUGCAGGAUGGAGAGAACUUCGGGAAAGACCAGAAGUUCUGGGAUAACCCUUGCUUCUCCAGGAAAACGGUCAACGAUGAGAGUCCAGAGAGGUACAUUAAACGAGCGUCAGUAGCCACCGAGGAGUCUCAGUUCGUGAGAGCGCUGCCCAGCGCCAUCAGCUCGCGGGCCUCCAUCAGGGCCUCCGUCAGAGCCUCCGCGAGGGGCUCCCUCAGGAAACGGGAGACCAGGAAGAAGGAGGUGGUAUAACACUUAUAGGUAUGGAUCUCGAAUGUUAAUGUUUUUUCACUUUAGUACAAAUUUUAAAUUAUUGUAAGCAAGCAUAAUAAAAUGAAUUCAAUUAUUUUAUCUCAAGCUCUCUUAUAGCCGGUUUCCUAAUUUAAACCAUUUCUUAGUAUUUAUGAUUUUGCCCGAUUUCUUGCCUUGAUUUGAUUUUUUUGACUUUGCUAGGUUAAAAUUAUUUAUUCUUAUAGUAGAAGAGAAAUAGAUGUUUGUAUAAAUUUUUAUAUGUAUAUAAAAUACAUGUAUUUAGUUAUAUUUUGACAGUUGUUUAUGUAAAAUCCUGCUUUGUGUAUAUUGUAAAUUGACUUUACGUUAUUUUAGCAUUUAGUUUAAUUAUUAUUUAAGUAACUUUCAAAAUUUUAUUUAAGUCACGAUAAAUUUAACUACAAAUGCGUUAUGUUCGAUUUUUUUUGAAUACCCACCUUUUUUUAUGUUACCAAU